GUUGACGAUUUUGUGAAAAACUAUAAUAAUUUCAUAAAAAUGGAUGAAAAUAAACCAUUUGAGCCUCUCGAACCUUCUCUGAAGAAUGUUAUAGACCAGAAAUCAUUACGAUGGAUUUUUGUCGGUGGAAAAGGAGGUGUAGGUAAAACAACAUGCAGCUGCAGUUUGGCCGUACAGCUGUCGAAGGUUCGCGAAUCCGUGUUGAUUAUUUCUACCGAUCCAGCUCAUAACAUUUCUGAUGCAUUUGAUCAGAAGUUUUCAAAGGUCCCGACAAAAGUCAAAGGCUUUGAAAACUUAUUUGCUAUGGAGAUAGACCCAAAUGUGGGUUUGACAGAGCUUCCAGAGGAAUACUUUGAAGGAGAAACAGAAGCAAUGCGGCUGGGUAAGGGUGUUAUGCAGGAGAUUGUUGGCGCGUUCCCUGGUAUUGAUGAGGCUAUGAGCUACGCUGAGGUAAUGAAAUUGGUGAAAGGCAUGAACUUCAGUGCGGUUGUGUUCGACACGGCGCCAACUGGACAUACGCUGCGUCUGCUCUCUUUUCCACAAGUCGUCGAGAGGGGGCUUGGCAAACUCAUGCGUUUGAAGUCCAAGGUGGCUCCAUUCAUCAACCAAGUGGCAAGUCUUUUUGGUUUAGCCGAUUUCAACUCAGACAUGUUCAGUAACAAAAUGGAUGAGAUGCUUUCUGUUAUCCGACAAGUGAAUGCACAAUUCAAGGACCCCAAUCAAACGACAUUUGUAUGUGUUUGCAUUGCCGAGUUCCUGUCACUAUACGAGACAGAGCGUCUUGUUCAAGAGUUAACCAGAUGUGGAAUUGACACACAUAAUAUCAUUGUCAACCAAUUACUGCUCCAUUCCUCUGCACCAUGUGAACUCUGUGCCGCUAGGCAUAAGGUACAAGAGAAGUAUCUAGAACAGAUCGCCGACUUGUAUGAAGACUUCCAUGUAACCAAACUGCCUCUUCUAGAUAAGGAAGUUCGCGGUGCCGCAGCUGUCAAUGCAUUCUCUGAAUAUCUACUAAACCCUUAUGUAUCGCCCACACCUCCGUCAUAAUAAAUGUUAUUGUUUUAUUCCUGUAUUUAAUGGUGUUCUGGCGUCAAUUUGGAAAUUUAGAAAUUUAUUAACGAUUAUUUAUAAAUCAGAGAAGGUGCUAUAUGUCAUAAAUGGUAAUAUCUCUGCUAGCUGUGAGAAUGUAUUUAUUUCUGUCUAAUAGUUAUAGAUAUUCUCUUGGUUUUGGAAGCUUCUGUUUAUGAAAUGGUGAUCAACAUAUAAUUGUAUAAUAUUCCAAAGUAAUUAAAGGCAAAUGUAUGCAUUUCAAUAAGGAUUUUUUUUA